UUCCUGGGAUCUGUUCGGAGAAAACACGUGUUAGCGCGACGUCACGGGUAACUUCCGACCAAUCGAGAGCAUCACCGACUCGAAUCGCAGCUGAAGCGAAACAAAGCGAAAGAAAUAAAUAAAAAACGGCUUCGUUACACCGCUUUUUAAAUCUUGCUGGUUCCGCGACACUUUGUAACUGUCACAUUUGUCGCGAAGGGAAAUAGAAACUUAAAAAAUAGCAGGUAGUUUUGUUCUUCUGAUUAUGUACAGCAUUUAGACUGCUACCAACAUGACCAAGAAUCGUUUCCAGCGGAAGCGUAGACGAAUUUUCCCACAUUCUGCAAAUUCUCCGUGAUGUUUUGGUUUUUCGUUUGACGUAUGUUUUCAAACUGUAAACAUUAUUAAAUAAAAAGCAUGACGAAGAAUAUAAAAACUGUAUUUAGUAUAUGGUGGCGGCCAGUGAUUGCAAUUUUAGUUCCUUUGGUUUUAUUACCACUUCUGAUUUUAUAUGAUUCUAAGGAAGCAAGAUGUGGAUAUGUGGUCCUGUGGAUGGCUUUCUACUUCAUGCUGGAACCUGUUCCUUUAGCUGUCACCGCCCUUCUUCCAGUUGUAACAUUUCCGCUUCUGGGACUGUUAUCGACUUCGGAAGCAUGUUCACCAUACAUGAAGGAUACUAUAAUGAUGUAUGUCGGUGGACUAACCUUAGCUGUAGCAGUUGAGCAUUGUAAUUUGCACAAGCGGAUAGCUCUGAGAGUCUUACUAAUCAUAGGGGCUGGGGCAAGAUGGCUGAUGCUUGGGUUUAUGAUUACUACAAUGUUUUUGUCCAUGUGGAUCAGCAACACUGCCACCACAGCCAUGAUGGUGCCGAUUGUAGACGCUGUAUUAAAUGAGUUGGAAAAAGAAGAACGUGAGAAAGAACCUUUAAAAAGUGAUGUGCCAGUUUCUCUGUUGUCAGUGCCAUCUGGCCUAUCACCUUCAGUAUGGGGUCUAGAAUCAAACAAGAACCACUAUCAAAUUAACAUGCAGCUUUCAAAUGGCAGUAACUCAAGCCCAGAAAAAGAUUAUAAACAGCUGAGAGAUUCUCUGCUUUUGAGCAUUGCAUAUGCAGCUAACUGUGGAGGCACGGGUACAGUGAUUGGAUCGGGUCCCAACCUUGUGCUCAAAGGACUCAUGGAAGAGUUGUAUCCUAAAUCCACCGAAUUAACAUUUGCAUCCUGGUUGAUGUAUAACGCACCUGUCAUGGUAAUUUGUGUCUUCAUCUGCUGGAUUGGACUUCAGUUCUUCUACCUCCCUUGCUGUAGUUCUAAAGAAGAAAAGAAAACUGAAGUAGCUGCUAAAAAUGCAGUACUGAAGAGUUAUCGAGAACUCGGGGAUAUUACUUUUCACGAAACUGCAGUAGCUUUAUUAUUUAUUUCUGUCGUCCUUUUAUGGUUCCUGCGUGAUCCCCAGUUUAUAGAUGGUUGGUCAACUUUCAUGAAAAAUGGAAAGAACAUCCGAGAUGCCACGCCUGUGAUAGGAAUAUGCGUCUUAUUAUUUAUUAUUCCAGCCAGGCCUUCAUUAACAGAGCACAGCCCACCGUUAUUGGACUGGAGAUCAGCACAGAGAAAAAUACCUUGGGGUGUGCUUUUACUUUUAGGUAGCGGUUUUGUAGUUGCUGAUGCUGCAAAAAAAUCACAUUUAUCUGUCUGGCUCAGCGCACAAUUAUCUUACAUGAAUUUCUUAUCACCAGACGUUAUAGUCAUCAUCCUAACCUUCCUGGCAUCUGUACUCACCGAAGUUAUUAGCAAUAUGUCUAUGGCUACCAUUAUGCUACCCGUGGUCAGUGAAAUGGCUGAAGCUGUUAAAGUACAUCCGUUAUUUCUGAUGCUGCCAGUAACUAUUGGCUGCUCCUUUGCAAUGAUAUUACCAGUAGGAAACCCGUCCAAUGCCAUUGUUUUUGACGCCAGUUCAAUGACAACAUUUGAAAUGAUGAAACCUGGAGUUAUUUUAAAAAUUUUGUGCUGUGCUGUGGAGCUAAUUAUGAUACAGACUUUAGGAGUGGUUUUAUUUAAUUUGCAUACCUACCCUUCAUGGGCAAAUAAUACAGAUAUUUAUGCAGGGCAGCAAACAGUUCUGUCCACUCAUAUAUGGACUGCAACACAAAAUAUAAAUAGCACAGAACAAUUUAAUUUAAUUACUACUUUACUACCAAUUUUACAGAAUUCUUCUUUUACUUGAGCAAAGAAUCCAGCAUUUAGAGUGAAUAAUUUACUAAAUGAAUACUUUACAGCAGAGCUGAAAAGUAAUAUUUUAUGAAAUGAAGGAUUUCCUCUUCAGACCACUUUUUAUGAGAAAUAAGUCCAAAUUUGCUAUAUUGAAGGGAAGAAAACUGAAAUGUGUCUUUUUAAUGCGGCACAAUUUAAAAUAUAAAAGAAAAAUGGGGAUAUAAUAUAUUAAAUUGACGGAGGCUGAUUUCUGCAGAUAGCAGAAUCAAUUUGAGAUGGGUGUUGAACUACUGGCUGUAAAAUAUGGCUGUAUGUUCGGUUAAUAUUUAACCGAACAUAUAGCCAUACAUAGAGCAAUAAACAAAGAGCACAGAGCAAUAAACAAAAGAGAGGGAGAGAAAACUGUUCAACAUGGGGCAAUAAACAAAGAUUAAUUUUAUAAGUCUGCUCUUUCAGUUAAAUCUAUAAAAUGAGUUACAAACAGAACAAAAAAACUGUGAUAAAUUGUGAAAUUAUACAUGUAUUUGCAAGAAAUUCGAAAUCGCAUUUUACUUGUCCCUCCCCCCUUUAAAGCUCUACUUUAUUUUACAUUACAUCGAUUUAUACAAUGUAAAAAAAAAAGAAACACAGUUGAGCUUUUAAAUGACGACAGCAGUUCAGCGAAGUCCAUUUUUAAUUAAACACUUAAUAAUACUUGAAUUCUAUGUUUGUGCAUUAUCUGAAAAAUUAUGAAAAUACAAUUACAAGAAGUCGUCUGAAAUCGUUUAAAAAUUCUGUUGACUUUACUGUGGACCACAUUGAGUUUGCUAAUGGGUCAUAUACAAGCCAUUAAUUAGCCACCAGUCAAACAGUAUUUUGUAACUCUUACUUAUUAAUGAGAAUUAAACAUUGAAUAUCAUUUAUACUAAAUUCGGAACCUGAAGUUUAAAAGCGAAACAUCAUGAAGUUUUGUCUUAAACAGAACUUAAACAUGUAUACAUAAAAAUUUAGGUCAUUCAAAAGCUAGACAAAAUUUGUUUUGCAGUUCCAUUUUUAAACAUCAGUGCGAUAAAUGAUAUUGCAAUUAAUUCCAAGCGGAAAAUAUGAAAAUACAGUUUAUUAUGUAUCUUAUAUGGUGAAAAAAAUUAGCAAAUUCCUUAAUCGAAUACCUAAUGCUUUUCCCUUAUUACUAAAUUUUCUGGCAAAAAAAAAAAAUAUAUAUAUAUAUAUAUAUAUAUAUAGAUAUAGAUAUCAUCCAACAGAUUAAAAGGUAAAUCAAUCCUGCAGACUUUAUAAAGUUACCUUUAUUCUCAGCAAUUAUCUUCUUUAGAGGCAUUUUUGACACAGGCAUGUCAAAUGAAGUAUUCUCUAUCUUUAAAUAUUCUGAUAUUCAACUUAAAUAAAACUGGAGAAAAACGGAGAAAGAACAGAAGCAAAAUGUGACAGAGUAUCUACUACUUAAAAAGACAAAUUAAAAAUCAUAUGAUCAGUAUUACAGCAGUUGUAGGAAAAUCUCGAUCAUAAUAUCAAGCCUUUUGAUACUUCUUCUCUAAAUAGUAGCUUAAUUCUUUGCAAGUAAGGGGACCAAAAUAUUUAAAAUUUGAACCAAAAUAUAAAAAUCGGAUUCUGUUAAACUUUUCAAAAAAAAACUUUUUUUGAAACAAAAGUUUAAAUGAGUGUUUUUGAAAGGAAAUUUAUCAAACAUUAUAGCAAGGAAGUUCGACUAUUUAACACUCAUUUAAAUCUCUUGGCAAUUAAUCUUCAGAUGAUGAAAUAAACAUAUAAGAAUAAUUAUAUAUUGUUGUUGCUUAUGCUCACUUGUCUGACGUAUAAGCACAAGCCUACGAAAUUCCUUCUGACAAGGAGCGCAAGAUUACGCCUGUUGUUGGCAACAGCAUUGAGCACCUAAAUAGAUGACAGUGCGAUCUGACUCAGUUCCGCUCCCCAGUUUUGGAGAGCACCUCGAGGGAAGGGACGGGUACGAGAGUCUCCCACUCCUCUCGCCUUCCACCAAACAACACGAGAGGACAGAAUAACUAUAUUAUUAAAAUUAUUUAAUUAAUUGCAAAUUUGAUAUUUACAUGAAUUUUUUAAUACUGUAUGAAAUGCUAUAUUCAAUUAAUCAUAUAAUAAAUUAUUUCAAAUAUAAAUGAAAUUUUCAGUAAAAGUAUUUUACAAUACUGAGAAAAAUAAAAUUACACUCUAUUAGAAUUCUAACAUGAAACCUAAAUUGUUUACCCAAUACUCAUAAUUUAUGCAAUCACAAAUAUUAAGAAAAAAAUUUAAAUUCCUGAAUAUCAAGGGGAAAAGUACUAAAUGAACAAUUAAAAUCAUUCAUAGCAGAAUUUGUUUUUAUACAUAUAUGCAAGAAUCUUGAAUUUAACCAAUGAAAAAGCACAUUUUUUAAGCAUAUAUUUUUCAAACUGUUUAUAAUUAUACGUAAUUUAUAAUGUUUAAAACUUGAGUUGUCAUUGUUGUACCAAUUAGUGUCAUCAAUUAUUAUGAAACAUUAUUAAUUAAAUUUUAAAACUAAAGCAUAUCCCGGUUUGUGACAUUAUUAUUACACGUUAAUGCAUGGGCAAAUGAGCACAAGAGAUACAUUUCUUGGAUUACUGUAUUGUUGAUUUUUUGAAUAAAAUGUUAUAUUUCUG